GUUUCCGAGGAGGAAGGAGCCGCCGCCAUUUUGGGAGCUUCGAGUCAACAAUAAAGGACUGAGGGUGCGGAGCUGGAGUGUCCUCGGUGGUAGGACUCGGGCCCGAGCCGCGGGGCGUGGGAUUGAAGUGAGUGAAUUCAGACAUAAUUCAAGCUUGUUAGAGGGCUUUAAAAAAUACAAAGUUGAUUCGGUGCAUGAAAGCAAGUUAACUACUGCUGCUCACCGUUGAGAGACUUACAGGUGCUUGCCUGAACUGCAAUAAAGGACUCAUAUUAUUGAGCAGGACUUAUUUAUCUCUUCAUUUUGGAGAGCCUCAUAAACUGUUAUUACAGUUUCUCUACUGACUUUGAAAAGUUUGAAAUUGAAAGAGACACCUGUGCAGCUAACACAGCAUGAGCACGGCCAGAACAGAGAACCCUGUUAUCAUGGGUCUGUCCAGUCAGAACGGCCAGCUGAGGGGCCCUGUGAAGGCCAGUGCUGGCCCUGGAGGAGGGGGCACACAGCCACAACCACAGAUGAACCAGUUGAAGAACACCAGCACAAUCAAUAACGGCACUCAGCAGCAAGCACAGAGCAUGGCCGCCACUAUUAAACCUGGUGAUGACUGGAAAAAGACUUUAAAACUCCCUCCAAAGGAUCUAAGAAUUAAAACUUCGGAUGUGACCUCCACAAAAGGAAAUGAGUUUGAAGAUUACUGUUUGAAACGAGAGUUGCUAAUGGGAAUUUUUGAAAUGGGCUGGGAAAAACCAUCUCCUAUUCAGGAGGAGAGCAUUCCCAUUGCUUUAUCUGGUAGGGAUAUCUUAGCUAGAGCAAAAAAUGGAACAGGCAAAAGCGGUGCCUACCUCAUCCCCUUACUUGAACGGCUGGACCUGAAGAAGGACAAUAUUCAAGCAAUGGUGAUUGUUCCCACUAGAGAACUUGCUCUACAGGUCAGUCAAAUUUGCAUCCAGGUCAGCAAACACAUGGGAGGGGCCAAAGUGAUGGCUACCACUGGAGGAACCAAUCUACGGGAUGACAUAAUGAGGCUUGAUGACACAGUGCAUGUGGUGAUUGCUACCCCUGGCAGAAUCCUGGAUCUUAUCAAGAAAGGAGUAGCAAAGGUUGAUCAUGUCCAGAUGAUAGUGUUGGAUGAGGCAGAUAAGUUGUUGUCACAGGAUUUUGUGCAGAUAAUGGAGGACAUUAUUCUCACACUACCUAAAAAUAGGCAAAUUUUACUAUAUUCCGCUACUUUCCCUCUUAGUGUACAAAAGUUUAUGAAUUCCCAUCUGCAAAAACCCUAUGAGAUAAACCUGAUGGAGGAACUAACUCUGAAAGGAGUAACCCAGUACUACGCAUAUGUUACGGAGCGCCAAAAAGUGCACUGCCUCAAUACACUUUUUUCCAGGCUUCAGAUAAACCAGUCGAUCAUUUUCUGCAACUCUUCUCAGAGAGUUGAGUUACUGGCCAAGAAGAUUUCUCAGCUGGGUUACUCUUGCUUCUAUAUCCAUGCUAAAAUGAGGCAGGAACAUCGAAAUCGUGUCUUUCAUGAUUUCCGAAAUGGCUUAUGCCGCAAUCUUGUUUGCACUGAUCUGUUUACCCGAGGUAUUGAUAUACAAGCUGUGAAUGUGGUAAUAAACUUUGACUUUCCAAAGCUGGCAGAGACCUAUCUUCAUCGUAUUGGAAGAUCAGGUCGCUUUGGUCAUCUUGGCUUAGCCAUCAAUUUGAUCACAUAUGAUGAUCGCUUCAACCUGAAGAGUAUUGAGGAGCAGCUGGGGACAGAGAUCAAGCCCAUCCCAAGCAACAUUGACAAGAGCCUGUAUGUGGCAGAAUACCACAGCGAGCCUGCCGAAGACGAGAAACCUUAACAAGCACGCUUUGACAAACUACAGAAGGCUCCUUGGAUCUGUGACACAUCAUUUUGGGGGGGUGCUCUUCUCUUUGUGGGUUUUUUCAUCUUUAUUUUGGAACUAUGAAGAGUUAUAUAAAAGCUCAGACAUUUUUCUUUUUUUUAACUGGUGAAGAAAAACUGAAAAGAAGAAAUAGACCUUUUUUGUCCCACUUGUUUGCACUGUGUGCUGACUGAACAUUUGUUGCACUAACUGCUGGUUUUUAAAAAUGUUUUCUGGGGAAAGGGGACAAGGAAGGAGGAAAAGAAAAGGGGAGAAACCCUAAAAAAGAGAAGAAUUUUGUUGAACACAUGCACCUGUCUACAAUUCUCCAAUAGCUGACUCUACUGCAUUUCAACUUCUCCCUGAUUAUUCAUCCGUUUUUUAAGCCUGAAGAGCUUAUUACUUAUUUGUGCGAAGUGCCUUAUGCUACGAGACCAUUAAGAAUAUCAUCUUUACACACAGCCCAAGGAAUCAACAGUCAUGUUCUAUUUUCUUUUUAUUUCUUUGCCUCUUCAUUUUGGUUUCAAGUUGAAGUCUCGCUUCCUGUUCUACCAGUACUCACGCCCAGGGCCGGAAGGUGGGCUGGUGAUGGCAGCGCCAUUGUCCUUUUCUUUGUAUGGAGGAGUUGAUCCACACUGCAGUCCAUCCACACUGUAAAUACAUGUAUUUAAAAAAAAAAAAAACAAUACCAAGUAAAAUUUUCUUCUGGGCUGAGUAGACGCACCAUCGUCGCUCCCAAAGGAAAGAGCAGCCUCUCACUGCAGGAGCCAUAUGACAAGCCCUGUGCUCUACAGCAGAACACUACGCUGGCUCACACGCUUCCAUGAGCAGUGAGGCGCUCGGUGUAAAGACUUGUCGGAGCCUUGACCCUCUUUCCUCUGUGGCAGAGCGCGACCCGUAGAAAAUUGGAUGUGUAUACUUGUAUAAACUUUGUAAAUAAGUUUUUUUCUGGGUUCAUAUAUAUAUAUAUAAAUAUAUAUAUAUAUACAUACAUAUAUAUAUUAUUUUUUUUGGAUGAAGGUUGCUGGGAUUAAGGGAUUAGAGUGAUUAUGGGAGCAGCUAAAGAUGAGAGGGGCUCAGUUUUCUGCAACACUAAAUUCUAAAAAGUGCUUUGGCUUCUAACUGUAGGAAGCAGACCUCUGAAGGCCCUGCAUUGGAAAAGGGCCCAGAAGCCACCACACUGCUCUUGUAAUGCACAUGCAGCGGUCUUAGCAGACAGCAAGGGAGCUUCACAAGGCUGUGGUCCUUGAGGGCUUUGAGAAACUCUGUGGUUUGCCUCUCCUGUCCUAAACGUUUGAGGAACUUCCCAAGUUAAUUCUACAAAGGGGAACAAAGAUUAACCUUCCUUGGAGCUUGAGACGUGUCCGCAGUGCAGUCUUAGAGCAGAGUGUGAGGCGUGGAUUUGUACUUCAGCGGACCAGCCCGUACCAGCCAGUGCAGCCUCAGCUGCCUGGAGGUUGUGGACCUUAGUUAUCUGCGGUCUCCCUGUAGUGUGUGAAUGGCCUCCGCCCACCUUGAUACAUACGUUUUUGCAGGAAUGGGCAACCAACCCCUGAGAGCUGUUAACUUCCAUGCUGCAGAAAGCCGCCUGCCAUUCUCCGUGCUGCAGCAAGAGUUGCUGUCAUUUUGCGUUGUAAAUUGCUGGCAGAUGCUUUAGGUGGGUAGUGUUGCUUUAAAUUGUGCCCCUCCCAACAUGCUUGAUGUUUGGCCUGAUCUCCAGGCAAAAGGAGUGAGAUGAAUCAAAACCAGUGAACUUUUUUUUAAAAAAUGUUUUUAAUUCCCUUUUAACCCAGUAUACUAGAUCAGGAGGCAUCUAGGGAACAAAAAAAGCAAAAAACAAAAUUUAAAAAAAAAUUGAUUUUCAUAUGCCAUCACUUUGAAAACCUUAAAACCAUGACAAGGAGUGUCAUGUGUGCUCCCGUGCUUAACUCACCUGAAUAAAGGAGUCAGCUACAGAGUUGCUUCUUGACUUUGUCUAGUUCUAAAGCAAAACUAUUUGUGACUUAUCCCAAAUUCCUUGGGGAUCAAAACCCUACAGAUGCCUCCUUAUCAGAUAUAACCCUGACUCUGUAACAACUGUAGCAGGAGCUGCACGGUACAAAACCCCAAAGGCAAGUCCAGUCAGUGUUGGCUACAAAACAUAAACCAAAUUAAGGAAGUCACUUUUUUAGGGAGGGUGGGAGUGGGCGCUUUAAAAAUCUAUCUUGACCAACAGAUCUUGCCCUUGUACCGAUGCAGCUCUCCUUCCUGCCUUUGGCGAGAUAAGGGGUCUCCAGUAGAACAUCAGCAGGAAAGGAGUAGAAAAGUAAUCUGCUAUCUCGCCAGAGGGCAUGUGGGUGAUUCAACAAAGUGCAGUCUCUUGCCAACCAUGGACUGCUCUGCCAGGUGCCGCAUGCCUAUGAGUCCCUCUUAAAGCACAGACUCCACAUGGAGAGUAUUCUGAAGUACAGCCUCUGCUGAGUUGUGGCACUUGGACUAGUGGGCACCCCGUAGACCGCUGUCUGGAGAGGCCGUGGUGGGGUGGUGUUAAGCUCACUUGAGCUGUUAGUGGGAAGAUGCCCUACUGACCGGGUCAAAGCCUGGGAUUUUUUUUUCCUCCUGUUUUUCCUUUUUAAUCCCUCUUAAUAAGGAAUAUUGCUACUAUUGGAAAUUGUCUUUCAAGUUCUUUCCAGUAAUUUUUAAAGUAAUAGUUAUGUUUUGGGUUUUUUUUCCAGUAGUUCAUUUGGAUGAAAACUAUGUCCUAUUUUUAAUACCCACCUCAAUGCUUUUAGCCUCUGGUCAUAUAGUUGUGUAAUAAGUUACAGACUGUUACACACCUUGCUGCCUCAGGGCCUGUUUUUUCCUCUCCCUUAAUGUUCUGAACAUGAAAGAAACUUUCUUAGGAAUGGAAUACAUUUAUCAUAAAAUGUUUUUCCUGGAAAGGAAAACCUAAGUAGUUCUAAAUUAUUUCCAAAUGGGUCCCAGCAUCAUAACAAUUGGUUGGCCCAAUGCGGUGGGGUGGGUGGGUGGUUGUCAUUCGUGUUUUCAGAAUGAGAUGAGGGCAUCUUUCCUUGGCCACCUGCUUUGUGUUGGACACCAUCGUGCUCAGUUAGAACAGAGCACAGCACAGAGCUUUGAGUGAAGUGUGGAAACAAAACAUCUCAUUCUGAUCAUUUGCUUUAGGUUUUUUUUUUUGUUUUUUUUUAAAUAGGGGUGGGAGGGGAGGGUACUGUGUCCCAAAAGGGAGGGUGUCUGCACUAAGGAUUUAGAAACACUUUGGAAGCUCAGAACCUCAUGGGAAACUGCCUUUAGCCACACUCCUGACCUUUAGAUGAGUAACAAAAAGAUGAAAUAAGUUUGUGGGAAUUAAGCCAUGUUAUUUUAAUUGGAUACUUUUUUUUUUCAACUUUCUGUGUAUCUUUAAAAUUGUUACUGUAGAAUGAUUUUCUUGCCAAAUAUCUUUGUCAGGCAAAAUUAUUGGCCUCAUAGGAGGUGAAGUAAGCCAGAUUUUGGGUGAAUUUAUGUGGACUUUGGUGAGUUUGUAGUUCUACUUUAUAUUCAUAAAGAUAGUUUUUUAAAACUCCCAAAGCAAAUCUAUUUUCUUCUCUAAAUGUAAAAACUCAUCUUUGGAAUAAAGAGUUAAGUGUCCAAGGGUUGUAACAGAUAUGAGGUCAGAGGGAGCUAGCCUGGCCUGGAUCUGCCCCUCCACAGCUGACAGACACCAACAGAAGUGUAUUUAAAUCUCCAGUAGACAGAGCUGGGCAGGGCAAGGGAGGGGUGGGCCUGGGUUAGUAAGAUGCAGGCUGCUGUAUUUUAACCAGUGGUUCUUGGGGAGGGGUGCCUGGAGAAUACAAAGUCACUUCCCUUUUUUGAAACAAAUUAGAAAAAAAAAAACCAAUUUUUUGUUUAGUAAAAAUAAGAAAAUUCUAAUGUCCCUAGUCACAAGGGACUAGUUCCACUUUGAACAGUAGGAACUUAAAAAUUUGAAAAUAUUUGGGAAAGGGAAAAUUGGCUUUCUGUUUAAUUGGCAGAUGUUCCAGUGGGAGGUCUGUUUUGUUAGGAUGUGUUACAGUGUGUGUACAUGUCUAUGGACCCAAGUCUUUAAGGAGUUUAUACAUGGUUCAGAAAAGAUGGUUGGGAAAAUCUUGAUUAUUUCUUUUUGUUAAUUUAUCUCAAUAAAAGCCCACUGGAACUUCAA